CCUUCUCAAAACAACCACAGAGAUGCUAAUUGUAUCACGCUAUAAAUACAGUUUGACUCCUUGUCCUCUUUCUUUACUCAGCUUGAGCCACUCUGGAAACUUGCGCACAGGCUUCUCUGAGACAUUUGGAAAGCCUCAGUUACAUAAGAGGGGCAGCAGAUAGAUGCUGAAAGUGUCGAUAAACUUGAAAUUAAAAGUCAGGCAGCGCGCGGAGCUUUUACGCACGGGUGGAUGCAUCGCUUCACGCGUCCUUUGAGUGUUUCCUAACUCCUUCGGUGAGCUGCUGAGAAGAAGCCGGCCUGAGAUGUUCCCGCUGCCGAUGUUCACGCCGGACCAGGUGGCGCGGGUCUGCGAGAACCUGGAGGAGACCGGGGACAUCGAGCGCCUCGGCCGGUUCCUGUGGUCCCUCCCGGCCGCCGUGCCUGGCUCGGCCGGGGAGGCGCUGAACAGACACGAGUCCGUGAUGCGAGCGCGGGCGCUGGUCGCGUUCCACGGGGGGAACUUCGAGGCCCUGUACCAGAUCCUGCAGAGCCACAGGUUUACGCGCGAGUCGCACGCCAAGCUGCAGGACCUGUGGCUGGACGCGCACUACCGGGAGGCGGAGAGGCUGCGGGGGAGGCCGCUGGGCCCCGUGGAGAAGUACCGGAUCCGCAAGAAGUUCCCCCUGCCCCGCACCAUCUGGGACGGAGAGCAGAAGACGCACUGCUUCAAGGAAAGAACUCGCAGUUUGUUGAGAGAGUGGUACCUCCAAGACCCAUACCCCAACCCGUCCAGGAAACGCCAUCUCGCCCAGGCCACGGGACUCACGCCCACACAGGUCGGAAACUGGUUUAAGAACCGCCGGCAGAGAGACCGCGCUGCAUCGGCAAAGAACAGAAUGCAGCAGGAUCCAUCCCACCAUCCCUCUGAGAGCUCACCAGACGGCUCCCACCAGGAGCGCCGCCAUCACCCCCACUUGUUGCCUCCCUCCCCUCGCCACCUUGGCAGCCCCGAGGCCAGCGACUGUAGCACGGAGAACGAGCGCAGAGGAACAGGAGCCUCCACCCCCGAGAUCUCAGUCAGCAGCGACAGCGAAUUCGAGUCUUGAGACGCUUUGUUUUAUUUUUUUCACGGACGGACCCUGAAGCACCCGUCGUCAGACUUUUGUUAAAGACACUUGAACUGUGUGUGGCUGUGGAAACACUGGAGGUGUUCUCAGUGGGAGGAGGAUGAAGAUGAGGCCACUUAAUGUGGCUGCGAGUGGACGUUUAUAAGGGAACAUAUGCAAAAACAACAUGCACUUAAGUAAGCACCAUGGCAGAUGACCUUGACUGUUACAUUAACUAGUUUACUGUUGAUCAUGAUUCAGCCCCGCAUACAAAACCACAUACAAAGUAUUAAUACAAAGUAUUAAUACAAAGUAUUAAUAGACAAAAGCCUAUGGUCUUUAGAUAUUGUGCACAUUAAUAUUACAUUUUGAACUGGUUUCAGGUAUUAUUUUUGUGUAGAUCAUUUUCUUAUAGUUAUCAUAUAACCAACAUGAUGCAUUUGUAUGGAAAUUGUGAGGACACAAUCAACAAUGCCUUGAGUAGGCUAUUAAAACAUGUAGCUAUAUUUACAGGCACAAUAUUAACUUGAGUGUGUCAGAUUACAGCAAUAUGGAAAGACCUUUUUACAACAUCUUUAUUGGCCAUAAAUAAAAUAAAUUUAUUAAAAUUAGCACAAG